UUUCGCGCCUCCUUUGUAAAGACGACGAGUAAGUUGUGUAGCCGUUUAACGUAUCUAUCUCUUAUCCAAACCCACAAAAAUGGCAGAGUCCGACUCCUCACCGAAGAAAGCUGUCAAACCAAAGAUGCCAUCCCAACACCCUACCUAUCUGUCUAUGGCCGUGGAAGCAGUGACGACUGUUAAGGAUGCGAAGGGCGUUUCUGUCCCCGCCAUUCGUAACUUCAUUACGGAAAAAUACAAAACUGUUGACGUUGGCACCCUACGUUUCCGAUUGAAACAAGCACUAGCCAAGGCCGUGGAAAAAGAGACAAUUGUUAAAUCAAAAGCCACUGCCGAAAAGCCUCUACUAGUCAGUAGGUUUAACCUCAACAAGGAAAAGCUGCUCGCUCUUGAGAAAGCAAAAGCUAAAAAGGAGAAGGCAAAGGAAAAGGCCGAACAAUCCACGAAAAAGACCACAGUAAAGAAAAUGAAAUCUACAGAGAGUCCACAAAAGAAAACAAAAACGACAAAGGCAAAGACAAAAACUUCUCCAAAGAAAGCUACAAAGACGAAAAAGAUUCCAAAGACACCAGAGAAGGUGGUGAAGGCAAAGGCAAAGGCUACGACAAAAUCUGCAAUUAAGACCAUCAAAACUCCAAAGAAAACCACAAAGAAAUCUGCCAGUGGAAAAGUGAAAGCCAAAUGAGAAUGAAAUGCAAUUGAGGACUUUAGGACUGUGAUAAUGGGAAAAUGGACACUGAUCAAUAUAGAUUAUAACUGUUCAAAGCAUGGAGAAUGAGUAUUAAUUUUUAACAUAAUUUAAAUUUUAGCGCUAUAAAGGAAUUGUGCUGUUGAUGAGAAUCUGAUGAUUUUGAUACAUGACUUUUUAAUAAAUUGUUUUUAACAUUCA